AUGGAAGUUUUGCUGCAAGCAUUUUCAUUGUUUUCAGAGUCAUCUAGACAUAAAGGAAAAAUUUUGCAGACGUUCUCUCAUUGUCAUCUCGUUUACAAAAGAAUGUGUUGUAAAUCCUGUUCGAAGGUCUUUUGCUUGAAAGAAUUUCCAUCAGAAAUUGAAGUGAAUCGAAAGUUUUCUAGGUCGGAAGGAAUGACGGUGUUAAUGAAACUUAAAGAAUUAAAUGAAAAAACUAUUCUGAUAGUUUCUACAAACGUUGAAGUUAUCAGCAAGGAAAAGAACAUAAAAGCAAUCUUUUAA